AACGCGACCGAAGGAAGAGAGGGAAGGGGAAGGGGAAGAAGAGGGAAAGAAGGGAGGAGAAGAGAAGAGAGGGAGAAGAGGAAAGGAGGAGAGGAGAGGGGGAGAAAUCCGGAUGGGAAGAAGAGGGGAGGGAGAGGAAUGGAAUGGUGGUGGAACGAGUCAAUCCGGUCGGUCGGUCGGCGAGCGAGUCAAGCAAAGCAAAGCAAAGUCCAAGCACAAGCCAAAAAGGCACCAGAAAAGCAAACGCAAAGCAAGAAAAAAAGCAGCUCCACGGAAGGCGCGGGAUAGCCCGGCCCUGAUUGGCUCAUGGCCCGAAGGAGUUCCGCACUUGGCGUGCCUUAUAGGGCUGAGCCAAGUCGCGUUUCCUCCCCGGUAUCUUACACUGUUUAUGUUAUUCUCUUUUUGUGUUUCGUUGUAUUUCGGGACUGGGUCAGAUCGUGAUUAUUGUAGGAUACAUAGGAAGGAAACAGGUGGGUUGAGCCCUCUUCGAAGAGAGGAUUGGCAUGGCAGGGUGAAUUGGAAGGAGUCAAGGGAGAAGCGAGGAGACGGGCAGCCAGGCAUCCGUCCUUUCCGUUUCUGUUUGAGGACGACAGUGAAAAUUCUUCCAUCAUAUCCUUAUCUUUCUUUCUCCACCUCUAAGAUAUGCACACAACAAAAUACCAGUGCCCCAAAGCGUCAUGCAAACUAAAUGGCUACUGCUGAGAUACAACGCCGGAAGAUUUUCGUCUGUCCUAAUACCAUCAUAGCUAUGUAGUCU